AUGGGGACAUACGAAUGAUAAUAUGCCAAAAAUCAAUUGGCUGCUUAUUAUAUUAGAGCUUAUUCUAUUGGGUUACUCUCAGAGAAAAAAAAAUAGUUGAACACAAGAAAAUUUAAAAUCUACGGUAAAUAAUUUAAGAAUGUGGAAUAUACAUUAUUUCAUUUUAACGACACUUUUAUACUUAACGAUACAAUUUUAAGAGUAAAAAAUGGUUUGAAUAGUUAUAUAUCAAAAUAAAUACAUGUUUAGACUAAGUUGUAUUCUAUGGAUUAUUAAUCUCGGUUUAAGGUGGUUUUUGUUAAGUCAUCGGUUAUUAGAGUUUCACGUCAAAAAACUGUGAAGUGGAUGUUUAAGUGGUGUGCAUACAAAUUUUUAACCUAUUUGACCUAUUUUUACUCUUUCUUUUUUUUAACCUAGAAAAAAACUAUUUCAUUAAAAUUAAAAAUAGUUUAGACUUACGAUGUGAAUAUUAUACACAAAUGAUCUCAUGACAAAAAAGUAAAAAAAAAAAAAAAAAACUAAAACAAUAAUUCAUAAAAAAAAUUAUUCCCUAUUUUUACUUUUCAAGCACCAAGGAUGUAGAAUAUAAUUUACAUCAAAAGUUUGAACCCGAAAUUAUUCCCAUUUGCGAUCUGAACAACUAGUGAAGCCCAAUUUUGGUAAAAUUGAUUGAAUUAUUUUUAGGUAUUCGUUUCUUUUAGCGAUCUAUUAGACUUAAACAAGCUAAACAAAAAACAAUAGAGAUAACAAAAACAUACUAAAAGAAGAAGUCAACAUUAAUUAGGAUAUCUGGUAAUAAUUAAGAAUCGUAAAUUAUUAUUGGAAAACGUUAGUAAAGAUUCUCUGUUCUACUAAUAUCCUCAACCCUAAGUUGUUUUCUAACCAAAAAAAAAAAAAACAGCCUGCUCACAUCUCAUCAUGAAGUUGUCUUUUUAGUUCUUGUUUCAUCGUCAAACAUGUCUUCUUUCUUAAGAAACAUCUGAAUUUAACAACAAAACAUAAUCAACUAUUAAAGUCUGGAUAAAUAAAUAAAUAAAAACAGGGUUUGUAGGAUCUCUGGCAUACUUUAUGUUGUUCUUGUGAAAUCCAUCAAGAAAAUUUUCAAAAUUUAUUCUUAAACUAACAAGAGAGAUCCUACAAAACUAAAUUUUAGCUUAGGUUUUUGGAUUCUUUAGAAAUGAGUUGUUUCUUGGGUCCAUCGACAAACAACAAAAGUAGGGAGAAUGAAGGCUCAUCUAUGGCUGCUCCUUAUGAACAACAAAACCUACCACGGAAUGAUCGUAGGCAGAUAACAACAUGGGAAGCGGUGGGAACGAACAAAGAAUCACCGAAAAAUAUCAAGGCAAAGAGUUUCAAAUUUCGUGAAUUAGCAACCGCUACAAAUAGUUUCAGGCAAGAGUUCUUGAUCGGAGAAGGAGGGUUUGGGAGGGUUUACAAAGGAAAGAUGGAGAAGACAGGACAGGUGGUAGCUGUGAAGCAACUUGACCGUAAUGGAUUACAAGGGAAUAGAGAGUUUCUGGUAGAGAUCUUCAGGUUAAGUCUUCUUCAUCAUCCCAACCUUGCCAAUCUCAUUGGAUAUUGCCUUGAUGGAGACCAGAGACUUCUUGUUCACGAGUUCAUGCCUCUUGGUUCCCUUGAAGAUCAUCUCCUAGAUGUUGUAGUAGGACAACAACCAUUGGAUUGGAACUCUCGGAUAAGGAUUGCCUUAGGAGCCGCAAAAGGGCUCGAAUAUCUCCACGAAAAGGCAAACCCUCCGGUGAUAUAUCGAGAUUUCAAAUCGUCAAAUAUAUUGCUUAAUGUAGAUUUUGAUGCAAAACUAUCAGAUUUUGGUUUGGCAAAACUUGGUUCGGUUGGGGACACACAAAAUGUAUCUUCCCGAGUAGUGGGAACUUAUGGUUAUUGCGCUCCUGAGUAUCACAAAACCGGUCAGCUGACGGUUAAAUCUGAUGUAUAUAGUUUUGGGGUUGUGUUGUUGGAACUCAUAACCGGUAAGCGAGUUAUCGACACAACGAGACCAUGUCAUGAACAAAAUCUGGUUACUUGGGCACAACCGAUUUUCAGAGAACCAAAUAGAUUCCCCGAGCUAGCGGAUCCACUUCUUCAAGGGGAGUUCCCGGAAAAAAGUUUGAACCAAGCUGUAGCAAUAGCGGCAAUGUGUCUACAAGAAGAACCAAUAGUUCGACCUUUAAUCAGUGAUGUUGUCACCGCCUUAAGUUUUAUGAGUACAGAAACCGGUUCACCUUCCGGUCUAACGGGAACCGCUCUUAACCCUUUAUCUCCUAAGACCGUGGAGGACCAGGGCUGGCUUCAAUGUGAGUCUCCAAGAGAUGUGUACUCGUUACUAUAACAAAUUUUUACCAAACGUUUCCAAAAUUAAUAUACGUUUUUUCACAGCUAUAUUUUAUUCAUU